AUGCAUCUCAUUCUCACUGGUGCCACUGGCCUUGUCGGCUCAGGCGUCCUGGACGCCAUGCUCCAGAACAGCGCAAUCUCCAGAAUCUCAAUUCUCAGUCGACGACCUGUGAAAAUGGCAGAAGACGCCAAAGACCCCCGGGUACACGUCAUUACCCAUAAGGAUUUCGAGACAUACCAACCCGAGCUACUUGAACAAUUGAAAGACGCGGACGGAUGCGUGUGGGCCUUGGGAAUAAGCCAAAACAGCGUCGAUAAAGAACAAUACGUCAAGAUAACCAAAGACUACGCCCUAGCAGCCGCAAAUGCAUUCUCCACCCUCAAGCCCGCGAACCCCCCCUUUCCGAUUCAUCCACUCAAGGGCGAGACCGAGUCGCUUCUCGGCGACAUAUCAGCCAAGCACCCAGGUACAUUCCAAGUGGACAGUGUUCGGCCCGCGGGCGUCGAUCCAACCGGUCACGACGCUAUCAAGCCGUAUCUCCCGGAUCAAGGAUUCUUGUACAAAGCUAUGGGGGUCGUUCUCAUGCCCAUUAUCAAGAAUUUUUACAAAUCGUUCCAUUCGCCCACGCCUGAACUUGGUUCAUUCUUGACUCAAUUGGCGAUGGGAAAGAUGGACUCCAAGAUGCAGGGCCCUGGUGUGUUCAGACUUGGUGGUGGCUAUGUUGUUGAGAAUAAAGCGGUUCGGAGAAUGAUGGCAAUGUGA